AUGAGCGCCCCCCCGGUGAUCCGGCCGCCCAGCCCCGCGGGCCCCGGCCUCUCCCUACAGAUCCAGAUCGGCCUGAGCCGGGAACACGUCCUGCUACCGGAGCCGGGUGAGCUGAGCCUGGGGGCCGUGAGGGAGAUGGCCUGCUCCAUCGUGGACCAGAAGUUUCCAGAAUGUGGGUUCUAUGGGAUGUACGACAAGAUCCUUUUAUUCCGCCAUGACCCAAACUCAGAAAAUAUUCUGCAGCUGGUUAGAUCCGAAGCAGACAUUCAAGAAGGAGACCUUAUUGAAGUGGUGCUUUCAGCUUCUGCAACCUUUGAAGAUUUCCAAAUUCGUCCACAUACAUUGUAUGUCCACUCGUACCGGGCUCCGGCGUUCUGUGACCACUGUGGAGAGAUGCUCUGGGGCUUGGUGAGGCAGGGCCUCAAAUGUGAGGGAUGUGGUCUCAACUACCACAAGCGAUGCGCCUUCAAGAUACCAAACAACUGUAGUGGGGUCCGAAAGCGACGGUUGUCAAACGUGUCACUAACUGGAUUAUCCAGCAUCCGCACUGUGUCUGCAGAACCGAUCUCUUGGUCUUCAGAAGAGACACUUUUGCAAAAAUCUCCAUCAGAGUCAUUUGUUCGGGAGAAGAGAUCUAGUUCCCAACCCUACCCAACCCCUGGUCGCCCAAUCCAACUGGACAAGAUCUUGCUGUCCAAGGUCAAAGUGCCUCACACGUUUGUUAUUCACUCCUACACCCGGCCGACGGUGUGCCAGUACUGUAAGAAGCUGCUAAAAGGUCUGUUCCGUCAAGGGCUGCAAUGCAAGGACUGCAAAUUCAACUGUCACAAGCGUUGUGCAACUAAAGUGCCUCACAAUUGCCUUGGGGAGGUGGCCAUUAAUGGAGACUUGCUGAGUCCUGGUGCAGAAUCUGAUAUUGUCAUGGAAGAGGGGAGUGACAAUGAAAGUGAUCCAAGCAGCAGACUAAUGGAUGAUGUGGAUGAGCCCCUUACUCCAGACUCCGAUAGCAUAAUGACCGGCUGCCGAAGUGAAAAUGGAGACACGCAGGACCCUGACCAGGAUCAGGAUACAUCGGAUCGCAUGAUCAGCCCAUCAGCCAGUAAUAACAUUCCCUUGAUGAGAGUGGUUCAGUCUGUUAAGCAUACGAAGCGGAAAAGCAGCAGUGUAAUGAAAGAAGGUUGGAUGGUGCAUUAUACCAGUAAAGAUACCAUGAGAAAAAGACAUUACUGGAGACUGGACAGCAAGUGUAUAACCUUAUUUCAGAAUGAUACUGGAAGCAAAUACUACAAGGAAAUCCCCCUAUCUGAGAUACUCUGUCUGGAACCUGCUAAAAAUCUGUCUCAGCUCCCCCCUGGUGCUAAUCCUCACUGCUUUGAGAUCACCACUGCCAACAUUGUAUACUACGUGGGAGAAAGCCUGUCCCACCCGAUCACACCUGAGAUUGGAAAUAAUAUGGUUGUGAAUAGUGGAGUGGGAAUGGAAGUAGCACGUUUGUGGGAAAUAGCCAUACAGCACGCCCUGAUGCCAGUAAAUCCCAAGGGAGCAAAUGGAGGAAGCAGCCAACACAGGGAUGUGUCGAUGAGUAUUUCUGUGUCCAACUGUGAGGUGCAGGAAAAUGUGGACAUCAGUUCAGUGUAUCAGAUUUUCCCAGAUGAGGUCCUUGGGUCAGGCCAAUUUGGCAUUGUAUAUGGAGGAAAGCAUCGGAAGACAGGCCGGGAUGUGGCUAUUAAAAUAAUUGAUAAAUUGCGUUUCCCUACAAAACAAGAAAGCCAAUUACGGAAUGAAGUUGCCAUUUUACAGAAUCUGCAUCAUCGGGGAGUGGUGAACCUGGAGUGCAUGUUUGAGACUCCUGAACGAGUGUUUGUGGUGAUGGAGAAGCUGCACGGGGAUAUGCUGGAGAUGAUCCUGUCCAGUGAAAAGGGAAGGUUACCCGAGCGCAUCACCAAAUACAUGGUUACCCAGAUCUUGGUAGCACUGAGACAUCUUCAUUUCAAAAAUAUCGUCCACUGUGACCUAAAACCAGAGAAUGUGCUGCUGGCAUCUGCAGACCCCUUUCCUCAGGUUAAGCUUUGUGAUUUUGGAUUUGCACGUAUCAUCGGAGAGAAAUCUUUUCGCCGCUCAGUAGUUGGGACCCCUGCUUACUUGGCUCCUGAGGUGUUGAGAAAUCGGGGCUACAACCGCUCAUUGGACAUGUGGUCUGUUGGGGUGAUCAUAUAUGUCAGCCUGAGUGGGACUUUUCCUUUUAAUGAAGACGAAGACAUUCACGAUCAGAUCCAGAAUGCAGCCUUCAUGUAUCCACCACAUCCCUGGAGGGAAACGUCAUCUGAUGCUAUUGACCUCAUUAACAAUCUCCUGCAAGUAAAGAUGAGAAAGCGUUACAGUGUGGACAAAACCCUCAACCACCCAUGGUUACAGGAUUACCAGACUUGGCUUGAUCUGCGUGAACUGGAGUGCAAGAUAGGGGAACGCUACAUUACCCAUGAAAGUGACGACCCCCGCUGGGUGAUGUAUGCAGGGGAACACUGUCUACAGUACCCUCCUCAUCUUUUGCCCCCACCACCUAGUGAACCCGAAGACGCCGAGAUGAGGGCUCUGGGAGAGAGAGUCAGCAUUCUCUGACACGUCAAAGCUGUAUCGCACUUCAUGUUUGUUCCUUUGCUAAAGAGACAAAUGAUAGAGACCAAAUUUUAGUUUCUGAAUGUACAUUGAUCAUCACUCAAGUCUUUACGAUACCUCUGGGCUGUAUUCCUGACAGAAACCUGUUCAUUCCUUCCUUCCUGAAGAGCCUAAUGAAGACACUCCAUUGGAGCAGUGUAGAUGGGGCCCCAAUAUGUCCUAAGGACAGCCGGAUUAUUUUUUGACAGAUAAUGCAUUGUAGGAGCCGUGGCAUCUUUUUAUUAUAUUUUUAGUCCCUACGUUGUUCUGCUUAUGAGGCCUGCAAGACAUGUUACUCCAUGUCAGGAGUGCUAAUCUGUUCCAUUGUGUAUACACAGUUUGGUGGUCAUUGAGAUGUAGUUUCUUAUGAGAGAGGUCAAAAGGGAAUCAUUCCAGUCAUUCAGUGACAGGAAGCAAAGCUGCAGUCCACCAAGACUCUUAAUAAUAUCUCCAUGAUGUGUGGCAGGCACAGUUGCCAGCGCAGGGGUUAAUCUGCUUGUGGUCACGACUGUCUUUUUUUAUUCCUCUUUUUUUUUUCUUUUUUUUGUCUCCAGAGGAAACAGUGUUUGGUUUUUAUUUAAUGCGUAGCUUGAAGGAUGACCCACAAGUUUAUUUGUGCAAGGUGAGAGAGUCUUCGGGGUGAGCAGAUCCCAUCGCCUGGAGCAGGGUGUACACAGCUAGGGACGUGCAUGUCUCUGGGCUCUGUGUGACAAUGUACAGGAGUCAUUUGUACUUUAAUAGACUCACGAAGGACCAAUACUCUGUUCUGGGCAUUCAGAUGACGUUUCCCCAGCUUUGCCUCACU